AUGGCUAAUCCAGGAAACGAUGAUCACCAUAGAGGUGGAGAGCAUGAUGCGGAUAACUAUCUUCGAAGGAUUAAAGCGGAAAUUCGGAAGACAAACAAACCAAUCAUGGAGAAAAAGAGGAGAGCCAGAAUCAACAACUAUCUAAACGACCUGAAGGCACUUUUGCUUGAUGCUAUGAAAAAAGAUCCCAUUCGCCACUCGAAGCUGGAGAAAGCGGACAUUCUGGAUCUAACCGUUAAGCACCUACAGGACAUCGAGCGGCGCAAACUGGCCAUCGCGAUGGCCGUCGACCCUGGUGUGGUGGACAAAUUCAAGUCCGGUUUUAACGAGUGCAUCGAAGAAAUCGACAAAUACCUCAACACCGUUCCCGGAGUGGACAGCGGAAUGAAGCAACGCGUUUCGAACCAUCUGAAGAGCUACCUGCGGUUCCAGCGGUUUCCCCAACCGGGUGGCGUCGGUGGCACUGCACCGUUUGCUGGUCUCUUUGGAAGGUCCUCGGACGAAAUCAACAACAACGGUCGGCUGGCUAUGGAUGCCAUGUCGCUGAUUCCGUCACUUUUGCCCAGUGGCGAACUGGCCUUCAUUAUGCCCCAGCAGGGUACGGCGGCGGGGUUACCAUUUUUCUCCAGAUUUCCAGUUGCUCCGACUGUCGCAGCGCGACAUUUCAAACCGAUCUCGCAGGAUAAAGCUCCGUCGUAUGCUCCCAGUCCGCCGUUGUCCCCCGUUUCCGACCAGGAUAGUGUCGUGAGUGAUCAGAAGACACCGCUGCUGAAGGUACGGUCGGCUGUAAUGACUGACAGUUUGCUUGAGGCCUUUCCGACACCACCAACCCCGGAAGAGGGCAGUCGGAUAUCAGCUUUUAGACCGAAUCUUAAACUGAUCGAUAGGAUACGGCUGCAUCAGGAAGCAAAAGUGACUCAGUUUGAGCGUGAACCGGCGACGAAAAGAAGGAAGGUUGAGCCGGCGGAAGAGUUUAGCGAAGAUGAAGGCGAACACGAACACGAACAACAGGAAAAGGAAGCCAGGGAACACAAUUCCGGGGGAGACAUGUGGCGGCCGUGGUGA